AUGUUUUUCCAACGAACCGUCUUUGGCCUCGUUGGCGCCGCCUCUUUGGCUGCAGCUGUCCCCGCCAUCGAUGUCCAGGGGUCCUUCUUCGUCAACAACGCCACCGGCGCUCGAUACCAGAUCGUUGGUGUUGCCUACCAGCCCGGUGGCUCUGCCGGAUACAACCCAGGCUCCGGCGUCGACCCACUGAGCAACAAGGACGAGUGUCUCCGUGAUGCAGCUCUCAUGCAGAUUCUCGGCGUCAACGCCAUCCGUGUCUACAACAUUGACCCCGACGUGAACCACGACGAGUGUGCCUCGAUCUUCAAUGCGGCUGGCAUGUACAUGUUCUUGGACGUCAACUCUCCUCUUCCGGGCGAAAGCAUUAGCUCUGCUGCGCCCUGGGAGUCUUACUACGCCGGCUACCUGAACAGGACCUUUGCCGUGGUGGAGGCUUUCAAGAACUACCCCAACACGGCUGCCUUCUUCAGUGGCAACGAGGUCAUCUUCGACGAGGACAAUGGCGCCACCGUGCCUCCGUAUAUUCGCGCUGUCACCCGAGACCUCAAGAACUACAUCGCCAAGAACGCCGAUCGUGCCAUCCCCGUCGGUUACAGCGCUGCCGAUGUCCGAUCCAUCCUCUUCGAUUCGUGGGAGUACCUGCAGUGCGAGGACGAGGAGGACGAGCAGAGCCGUGUCGACCUGUUCGCCCUCAACAGUUACUCGUGGUGUGGCAACAGCACCUUCACAGAGUCCGGCUACGACCAGCUUGUCGCUGGAUUUGAGGGCAGCUCUGUCCCCAUCUUCUUCUCCGAGUUUGGCUGCAACACACCUGCUCCACGUGUCUUCACCGAGGUGCCAGAGAUCUACAGCGACGAGAUGCAGAACGUCUUCAGCGGUGGCAUCGUCUACGAGUACGCGCAGGAGGACAACAACUACGGCCUCGUCAACAUCUCAUCCGAUGGUUCUGCUACGAUCAUGGCCGACUACUACGCCCUGAAGGAGCAAUACGCCGGCCUGAACUUCACCACCAUCCAGGGCAUUGCGCCAUCCACGAAGAGCACUUCUGCGCCCAAGUGCAGCGAGAAGUUGAUCACGACCAAGGGUUUCACCAGCAACUUCACCAUCCCCGCUCUUCCCCCCAACGCGUCCGCGCUCAUUGAGAACGGAAUCAGCCCCAAGCCAGUCGGCAAGAUCGUCACCAUUGACGACUACAAGGUUACGGUCACCGUCAAGGACAACAGCGGCAACGAGAUCUCUGACCUUGCCGUCGUCCCGCUCGACGAGAACGAGAUCAACUCGCCUGGUGCUAACACCCAGGCCGCCACGUCUUCUGGAAGCUCUUCUACCGGCACCAGCUCGAACUCGUCUUCCUCAUCGUCGGACUCCAAGAGCGCGGCUGCUGGGCCUGCCCAGAUUGGUUCGAUGGCGUCGAUGAUGGUCUCCACCGUUGCAGUCAGCUUCCUCAUUGGAUUCUUGGGUUAG